CAGCGCGCGAAACACCACCAGGGUGACGGGGGCGAGGAGCCCGGGGCGGAGCUUGGCGUCCCCUCCCUUGUCCUGCCGUGCCUGUCCUCCGUGCUUCCUUGAGAAGACCUGAAGACUCGCUGUGGCCGUUUCCUCUAGGAGAGCUACUCCUACGGCACGCCUUCCCGGAGCGCAGCCGGUCGCUUUGCGCGGGCGCCAGCAUCUCCAACCUGUGCCCACGCGCGGUGGCAGCGGGUUCGCGCAGCGCGAGAGCGGAGUGGGCUGGGUCCACAGUCUGGUGUGUGAGGCGUCGCUGCGUGAGGCAGCAAGCAUGAGCUUCUCGGCACUGCAGCCCUGCUGAAGAGGAGGCCCAGCUGCAGGAGAAGCGCUGCUCGGGGCCAUGGCGUUUCUGGCUGGGCCGCGACUACUGGACUGGGCCAGCUCGCCGCCGCACCUCCAGUUCAAUAAGUUCGUGCUGACCGGCUACCGGCCGGCCAGCAGCGGCUCGGGCUGCCUGCGCAGCCUCUUCUACCUGCACAACGAGCUGGGCAACAUCUACACACAUGGGGUGGCCUUGCUGGGUUUCCUGGUGCUGGUGCCGAUGACCAUGCCCUGGAGUCAGCUGGGCAAGGAUGGCUGGCUGGGGGGCACACACUGUGUGGCUUGCGUGGCCCCCCCUGCAGCCUCAGUGUUAUAUCACCUCUUCAUGUGCCACCAAGGGGGCAGUCCAGUGUACGCCCGGCUUCUCGCCCUGGAUAUGUGUGGGGUCUGCCUCGUCAACACUCUUGGGGCUCUGCCCAUCAUACACUGUACCCUGGCCUGCAGGCCCUGGCUGCGCCCGGCUGCCUUAGUGGGCUAUACUAUGCUGUCAGCCGUGGCUGGCUGGCGUGCCCUCACAGCCCCUUCUACCAGUGCUCGGCUCCGAGCUUUUGGUUGGCAAGCUGGGGCUCGCCUGCUGGUAUUUGGGGCCCGUGGAGUAGGUCUAGGGUCAGGGGCCCCAGGCUCCCUGCCCUGCUACCUCCGCAUGGAUGCACUGGCACUGCUUGGAGGGCUGGUGAAUGUGGCCCGUCUGCCAGAGCGCUGGGGGCCCGGCCGCUUCGACUACUGGGGCAAUUCCCACCAGAUCAUGCACCUGCUCAGCGUGGGCUCCAUCCUCCAGCUGCACGCCGGUGUUGUGCCUGACCUGCUCUGGACGGCUCGCCAUGCCUGUUCCCCAGACUGAACUGCUUCCUGCCUACCUGUGGCCUCUUGGGACCAAUAAAGGCACUUUCCCACCACCUGCUGGUCUGCAAGGGGCAGGCUCCCUGGACGCUACCAGUGCACAGAACUUCCCAGCUGAGAUUGCUCAUCUCUUCAUUCUUCCCUAUGGACUAACCUCUCCUUCUACCCAGGCGUGAAAUUCCAACUUCGCUUCCCUUGCUCCUUUACUGUAUCAGCUGGAGGACAUUUCACACACAUACCUCUUUAUCUCUGCGACCUAUAAGGGUUGGGCAGAGGGGCUCUGGGGUCAUAUCUCAGACAGAACUCCAGUGUAGAGCCAUCAUCCCACCCUUCCCCUUUUGUAGAGGGCAGCCCCUCUGUUCCUGCUUCCUGACCUGUCUGUCCCCUUGCAUGCUUCCCCAGCAGCCAGAAGCUCCUCCUGUCCAAGAGAUUGGAGUAAGCGUUCAAGGCAGCAGGACCACCUCCUUUUCUUAAGACCAAGUAGGUACUAGACUUUCUUCAACCAAGUGUCCAACAAGCAGCAGGACAGUGGCUGCUUUUCCCAGGCAAUAGGCACAGACGUGGAGUGACCCUAGACCCAGACCCCAUUUAAGGACCAUGGGCUAAUGCCCAACCUGCCCACUGGGGAUUUAUACACUCAGGAAAUCUCUGCUCCACAGUGUGUUGCUCUGGUCCUCUGACCUGAGGACAGGGUAACUACACUCUGCAGCAGGGGUCAACCUCAGCUGGAUCCUCCCAGAGGCCUAAGACCAUGGGCAACAUUAAUAAAGGGACAAGAAGCAUUGUGUUCCUACUCAAGCAA